AAGUCUCUCCCGUGCCCCCACACUAUUUCCUGUGCUGGGAGGUUUCUCUGGAGUUUCCCGAGCGCGGGCAAAUAUGGACCUAAGCGCCUUCGAACAGAACAAUUCGGUGAACUGUUUGUUGGACUCUGCGGUGCCUGUCAUCUGCCGGACUGAGCCCUGCAGCCUCGGCAUCGAUGAGGCAGGCAGGGGUCCGGUGUUGGGUCCCAUGGUCUACAGUAUCUGUUAUUGUCCUGUGACCCGACAGGAGGACCUAAAGACACUGAAGGUAGCAGACUCCAAGAUACUGACAGAGGCCCAGCGGGAACAGCUCUUUGAGAAGCUGGAUGCAGCCAAGGAUUUUGUAGGUUGGGCCUUGCACAUCCUGUCACCCAACUUCAUCUCAAACAGCAUGCAGAGGCGAGUGAAGUACAAUCUAAAUGCACUUUCACAUGACACAGCCAUUGGCCUGAUCCAGCAUGCACUGGACUCUGGAGUGCAGGUGGCAGAGGUCUUUGUGGACACAGUGGGGCCAGCAGAGAAGUACCAAGAGAAGCUCAAGCGACAGUUCCCAGAGCUGGUGAUCACAGUGAAGCCCAAAGCAGAUUCCCUCUUCCCUGUUGUCAGUGCAGCCAGUAUCUGUGCCAAGGUGGCAAGGGACCAGGCUGUAAAGAACUGGAAGUUCUUGGAGGGUCUGGAAGAUGUGGGAUUGGAUUAUGGCUCUGGCUAUCCCAAUGACCCCAAGACUAAGGAGUGGCUCUCACAGAGUCUGGACCCUGUCUUUGGCUACCCACAAUUUGUACGAUUCAGCUGGAGUACAGCUCAGAUCAUCCUGGAGAGCAAGGCUGUUCCUGUUCACUGGGAUGAUGAUGAAGAUGACCCCUCCCAGAAAAACAAACAAUCCCUGUUAAGCUACUUUGCCCGGAAGGAGACUCCCACCAAACGCCGACCUCACCGCUUCUUUUAUGAACGCAAACUUGAGACAGUGACCAGCUUGUAAGAAGAAACAGAACAUUUCCUUCUUGCAGAGAUCAUCUUGAAUUGACUUCACAAGAAAGCUGCAAUUUGUUUGUAAUUGCAAAGUUUGUUAGUUUGGUUUUAUGCAGAGCUUUUAACUCCUUAGAGUCACAGUUUGUAGCCUAAAAGGGAAAAUGUGAGCAGAAGCAUUGGUAAACCGGUGUGGAAUCUGUCUUUAAGGCCUUUGUGCUUAUAUUCUACGUAUUUUCAGUUAAUAUAUUUUAUUAUAAAGUC